AUAACGAUGCGUUCAAGUGUCAAAGUCCAGCGUGCAGCGGUGUGUGCUGUGAGUUAGUGUGUGUUAGAAGCUCACAGUGAGUGUGUGUGUGUGUGUUGAUGAACAUGGAGGAACAGAAGAAGAAGAAGAUUCUGUGUGUGGGUCUGGUGUGUCUCGACAUCAUCAACGUGGUGGACAAAUACCCCGAAGAAGACACUGACAGCAGGUGUUUGUCUCAGCGUUGGCAGCGAGGAGGAAACGCCUCCAACUCGUGCACGGUGCUGUCACUGCUCGGAGCGCCCUGCGCCUUCAUGGGCUCUGUGUCUGCUGGACCCGUGGCCGAUUUUAUUUUGGAGGAUUUUCAGAAGUUCCACAUCGACGUGUCUCUGGUGUCUGAGCACGCUCAGUGCGUCCUGCCAGCCUCCAUGGUCAUCAGCAAUAUCAGCACAGGAAGCCGCACCAUCCUGCACAUGAACAGUUUCAUCAUGGGCGACUUCUCUCAGCGCCACAUCGACGUCUCGGCCGUGGUUUGGCAGGUCAACGGUCAAACGCCGUGUGCGUGUUGUGUGGUUUGUCCGUCCAGCGGGUCUCGAACAGUCGUUCUGUCCGACAUGAACCUUCCGGAUGCCACAGCGGAUGAUUUCUCCAAAGUCGACCUCCAACAGUUCAAGUGGAUCCACUGGGAGGGCAGAAACGCUGAGGAACAGGUGAAGAUGAUCCAGCAGGUAGUGAAGUAUAACAGCACGUUGCCACAGCAACAGAGAAUCACCGUCUCCGUGGAAAUAGAGAAGACCAGAGAGCCGUUGUAUCAGCUGUUUUCUCACGGUGACGUGGUGUUCGUCAGUAAAGACGUCGCUCGACACUUCGGCUUCCUGUCGGCUGAAGAUGCUCUGAGAGGUUUCUACAGCCGAGUCAAACAGGGGGCUGUCCUGAUAUGUGCCUGGGCUGAAAAAGGAGCGGAUGCUUUGGGUCCUGACGGUGUGCUCGUUCAUUCGGAUGCUUUUCCUCCUGAGAGUCUCGUCGACACUCUCGGAGCCGGAGACACUUUUAACUCUGCCGUCAUCUUCACGCUGUCCAACGGUGGAAGUUUGCAGGAUGCUCUGACCUUUGGCUGCAGGGUCGCCGGUGCAAAAUGUGGAUUUCACGGUUACGACGGCAUCGCUGCAAAGUUCACAAACGACUGAAGGUUGUUUUUUUUAAGUGGCGAAACCAGAAGGCUGAUCGUUUUCUGUUUACUCACACUGUAAAAAAAGGAUGAAGGAUGCAACGAGUGAAGGUUCACUGUAUGCUAAUUUACAUUGAUCUAAUAUUAAGUCAAUGAAGUGACAGUUAACUGUGAGAUUGAGUGAAUGUACGAUGUUAAAGUAAUUUAUAAUUAUUGUAUGAUUUCUUUUUUUUUUACUGGUGAAAAACCGUCAAACUGAUGAAUAAAUAACUGAAGUGAAACAUGGA